AUGCUGGACUUCUUCGCAUCUAGUCGUUCUAAGAGCGAGACGCCAAAGGCCACAGCAUCAGCAUCCGUUCAGUCCCUUUCCGGAAGUCAGCUUUCAGGCAGUGAGCCUCGAUCGGAACAAGAACAGCCAGAAAAUAUUGAAAGUGGAAAGAAGAAAGGGCUUUUCUCUCGACUCAUUGCGCGACCCUUCACAAGACGACGGAUUAUAAUACUCGGCGGCCUUAUCUUCUUGAUCUUGGCUCUUCUGGUUCUUGUCAUUACCCUGCCGAUUGUCUUGACGAGAGCCCAUAAACACAAGGACCCCGGCGAUGUGUAUAAGCUUUACCCGACUAAGCAUGAGGACCCCAGUUAUCGCAUCGUGGAGAACAAGCCCGUAUAUGCGAUUCAUAAUUUCCCAGAUCCGGGACUCCUCAACCACAACGGCACUUGGUAUGCCUAUGGAACCAACCCGCACAAGCACGACCCGCAAUCGAUUCAUAUUCCCGUCGCCACGUCGACUGAUUUUGUGAAUUGGACGCUCCAUGAGGGUUAUGAUGCGAUGCCAAAGCUGGGGAAUUGGGAGAUGGCAGUCAAUCAUUGGGCACCAGAUGUGAUUGAGCGGGACGAUGGGAAAUUCGUUCUCUAUUACUCAGGCCAAACGAACAAUUUCAACAAACACCAUUGCAUCGGAGCAGCGGUCUCGAACGGCACAGAUCCCUUGGGACCCUUUAUCCCCCUCAAUGAAUCUAUAGCCUGUCCUCACGAGUACGGUGGUGCCAUUGAUCCCUCGCCAUUCAGAGAUGCAGAUGGCAAGCUCUAUGUGGUCUACAAGGGCGACGGAAACAGCGUUGGCAGCGGCGGAUGGUGCGGCAAUAGCAUCAAGCCGCUACGGCCUGUGCCUCUCAUCCUCCAAGAGCUAGAAAGCGACGGUAUUACCAAGGUUGGCGAGCCCGGGGUUAUUCUCAACAUCAACGACACCGAUGGCCCGCUUAUCGAAGCUCCCAAUAUCAUCCGCCAAGACGACGGAACCUACUACCUCUUUUUCUCCUCACAUUGCUUUACAUCGCUGGGUUACAAUGUGAAGUAUGCCCACGCCAAAUCAGUCAAGGGCCCCUACACCCGUGUUGAUCGCCCGUUGCUACAGACGGAAGACUUUGGUCUUAAGGCUCCUGGUGGUGCGACCUUGUCGCACGAUGGCACCAAGAUUGUCUUCCACGCCAACUGCGAUGGGUACCGGUGUAUGUAUGCCGGUGGUGUCGACAUUCGAUCUUCCAACCAUACCAUCAUCAUGGCGGCACUGGAAAUCGUUGGUACCAUUUCCUCGAACUCUACGAAUACUACCACCACUUCUAUCGCCGACAGCAACCAGUAGGCUGGUCAAGCCUCGACC